AUGUCUGCCGCAAAUAGUAUUAAGGUUGUCGCCCGUUUCCGGCCUCAAAAUAAGGUCGAGCUGGAGUCGGGCGGCAAGCCUAUCGUGGCCUUUGAUUCAGAGGACUCAUGUACCGUUGACUCAAGGGAAGCGCAGGGAAGCUUUACUUUCGACCGAGUGUUUGAUAUGAGCUGUAAACAGCAGGACAUUUUCGACUUCUCUAUCCGCCCGACCGUCGAUGAUAUUCUCAAUGGCUACAACGGAACUGUUUUCGCCUACGGUCAGACCGGAGCGGGUAAAUCGUACACUAUGAUGGGUUCCAUCGACGACGACGAAGGGAGAGGUGUUAUUCCGCGCAUUGUGGAGCAGAUUUUCGCCAGCAUCAUGACGAGUCCGAGCACUAUCGAGUACACAGUGCGGGUGAGCUACAUGGAAAUCUACAUGGAGAGGAUUCGAGAUCUGCUGGCUCCCCAGAAUGACAAUUUGCCAGUCCACGAGGAGAAGAAUCGAGGAGUAUAUGUUAAGGGUCUGCUCGAGAUAUAUGUCUCGAGCGUGCAGGAGGUGUACGAGGUUAUGAGGAGGGGAGGAGCUGCUCGUGCCGUUUCUGCGACCAACAUGAACCAGGAAUCCUCUCGAUCACACUCCAUUUUCGUCAUCACAGUCACCCAGAAGAAUGUCGAGACGGGGUCAGCGAAGAGCGGUCAGCUGUUUUUGGUCGAUUUGGCGGGUAGCGAAAAGGUGGGGAAGACUGGCGCCAGCGGCCAGACGCUGGAGGAGGCCAAGAAGAUCAACAAGAGUUUGAGUGCGCUUGGUAUGGUUAUCAAUGCGCUGACGGACGGGAAAUCAUCGCACAUUCCAUACCGAGACUCGAAACUCACCAGAAUCCUCCAGGAGUCCCUGGGUGGUAACAGUCGCACUACCCUCAUCAUCAACUGUUCGCCCAGUUCCUACAACGAUGCCGAAACUCUAGGCACCCUGCGAUUCGGUACGAGAGCCAAAUCUAUCAAGAACAAGGCCAAGGUCAACGCUGAGCUCAGUCCGGCUGAGCUCAAGUCCCUCCUCAAGAAGGCCCAGGGCCAGGUUACCAACUUCGAGAGUUACAUUUCCAACCUGGAGGGCGAAAUCCAGCUGUGGCGUGCCGGCGAAGCUGUCCCCAAGGAGAGAUGGGUCCCGCCCAGGUCCGCAGAUGGAGUUGCAAGCUCCAAGGCUGAGGCUAGGGCACCUCGUCCCUCCACCCCGUCUCGCUUGACCGCCGAGAGUCGCUCAGAGACCCCGGCUAUUUCAGAACGGUCAGGAACCCCUAGCAUACCCGUUGACAAGGACGAGCGAGAUGAGUUCCUACGGCGCGAGAAUGAGCUCCAGGACCAGCUCGCCGAGAAGGAAUCACAAGCCUCAGCUGCUGAGAAGCAGUUGCGUGAAACCAAGGAAGAGCUGACGUACCUGAAGGAGCAUGACAGCAAAGUUGGAAAGGAGAACGAAAAGCUGACUUCUGAGGUCAACGAGUUCAAGAUGCAACUUGAGCGGUUGAACUUCGAGGGCAAGGAGGCCCAGAUUACAAUGGAUGCACUGAAGGAGGCUAACGGGGAGCUCACCACCGAGCUUGAUGAGGUUAAGCAACAACUCCUGGAUGUGAAGAUGAGUGCCAAGGAGAGCGGCGCGGCUCUGGACGAGAAGGAGAAGAAGAAGGCAGAGAAGAUGGCCAAGAUGAUGGCCGGGUUUGACCUCGGAAGUGAAGUCUUCAGUGACAACGACCAGUCAAUUGCCGAGGCGAUUGCUCAACUCGAUAAACUGCAUGAGCAGAGCACCAUCGGCGACCACAUUGCACCCGACGAGUUCAAGGCACUUCGCUCGAAGUUGGUUGAGACCCAGGGCAUUGUUCGACAAGCAGAGCUUUCAAUGUACAGUGUCUCUUCUAGCAGUGACUUGGAUAGCCGCCGAAGGCAGGAGUUGGAGCAAAGGCUUCUCGCCCUGCAACAAGAGUAUGAGGACGCUUUGACCAGGAACCUGAGUGAAGCAGACAUUGAGGAGGUCAAGGCACGCCUGGAGCAUGUCUACUCUAGCCGCGCGCACACCGAGACCCAACUCGUGGAAGAGCUCAAAUCCGAGAUUACCCAAAAGGCAGCCGAGAACACGAGGAUGAAGACUCUCAUUGAAGAUCUUCAGCAGCGUGUGAAGACUGGCGCAGCCACCCCCUUGGCCAAUGGCAAGACGAUUCAGCAACAGAUCGCCGAGUUCGAUGUCAUGAAGAAGAGUCUCAUGCGGGAUCUGCAGAACCGCUGUGAACGAGUUGUGGAGUUGGAGAUCUCCCUGGACGAGACUCGCGAGCAGUACAACAACGUCCUGCGGUCAUCGAACAACCGAGCCCAGCAGAAGAAGAUGGCGUUCCUGGAGAGAAACUUGGAGCAGCUCACCCAGGUCCAACGACAGCUGGUUGAGCAGAACUCAGCCUUGAAGAAGGAGGUGGCCAUUGCCGAGCGCAAGCUGAUAGCUCGCAAUGAACGUAUCCAGAGUCUGGAGAGCCUCUUGCAAGAUAGCCAGGAGAAGAUGGCCGCAGCCAACCACAAAUUCGAGGCUCAACUCGCCUCCGUCAAGGAGCGUCUUGAGAUCGCCAAGGCCGGAAGCACCCGGGGUCUGAACAACUCGGACGGCGCAUUCAGCUUCGCUGGCGCAGGCAGCCGGAUCGCGAAGCCUCUCCGCGGUGGAGGCGGCGACACCCCCGCCAUCCCUACGAUCCAGUCCCUCCAGGGCGGUGACAACGGCGGCAACAAGCGCUCCAGCUGGGGGUUCUUCAAUAAAUCCUAA